AUGAAAUCGGGUGUGCUUGGCUCGUGUGCGUUUGCCCUUCGCGAAACAACCCGCCCAGAGAUCAAGCAAACUCGCUCUACUCUAAUGGGCACCGUCCUGAGAUUGGGGGAUGUCGACACUCGCGGUAAAGAGGCCAUAGAAAUUGUCGUCAAGACUAGCAAAUGCACCGCACUGACAAGGCCAAAGAGCUGGAAGAAAUUUGGUGUGCGACCCAAUAACCCCGAUAAAAUGAACGUCGAUGAGGAAACGGAAGAAAACAAUGAGAACAAUGUUGUGUAUUCUCAGCUUCGCAUGAGGACGGAGUAUUACGUAGACCCCAACGCAGACAACGAGGAAGACGAAGAAGGUGACGUGAAAAUGGAGGAAGAGGACGGUGGGCUUGAUGAAGGGGAGAAGGACAAUGAGAAGUCAAAGGGAAAGGAUCAAAAUCUGCAGAGAGUCGAUCGAGAGGAACUCGUUAGGGGAUUCAAAUACGGGACGACCUACGUGCCCUGUCCCGAGGGCCAGUUUCCAAAAUUGCCAACUAGGAAAGGAAUUGACAUUUGCGGUUUUUUUUACACAAAGAACUUCCGACGCGAGUUGUCUAUGGGUGAAAUCCAAUACGUCUGGGCGGACCCCUCUUCUCCUCAACAACAAGUUGCCAUUUCGUCCAUCGUUCAAGCUAUGUACGAGAAAGAAGUCAUGGCCAUCGCUCGGUGGGUUACGAAGGAUGGUAUGGAUCCCAAAAUGGGAGUCCUGUGGCCGACCAGAUUUGACAAAGUUGAUUGCUUGCUCUGGUCCCAUAUGCCAUUCGCCGACGAUGUCCGAAAAUACACAUUUGCCUCCCUGGAUCAACUAGUGUCAAAAAAAGGAGAAGCGAUUAAAGAACACCCAUACAUACCAACAAAGGCGCAGAUCACAGCAAUGGAUGAGUUUGUGGAUGCCAUGGACCUCAUGGACGCGGGAGAGAAGGACGAAGAGGGAAGCCGACUUCCCUGGUUUGAUACGCUCCUCUCGUACAACCCAGCAGUGCAUCGCACAAAACAAGCAAUUUUUCAUAGUGCCGUCGUAUCAGACAUCGAGACCAACCCCCUCCCUCCUCCACAUCCUGAUUUGGUCAAGUACUUUGAACCUCCGAAGAGGGUUCUUAAACGGGCACGGGGGCCUCUGGAAGAGUGUAAAAGCGCAUUCAAAGUCAAGCAAGUCCCGAAGAAAAUUGCAAAAGCCAAGAAAGAGGGACACGUACACGCUCGCGAUGAAGAUGACAUGUUACUUCUUGAUCGAAAGCAACCCGCCCUGGAUCGAACCUCCUCACAAUCCAGGAUCACUGUGACAAUGGCAUCAUCCUCCCGAACUCCUGUCGCUGCAAAUGAUAGUGACACGGAAGAUGACGACGAUGCGGAAUUUCUCCUUGACAAGAAAAAUACUUCUGCACCUGCCCCUCUAAAUAAGCGGGUAACACCGUUACCCACACCUGCACGCUCUGUCUCCCCGCAAGUUGACCUUGGCAGAGAGCCAGGAAGGAUCAUUGGUGCAACCUACCCUCUCAAAGACUUUGAAAAAAAUGUGUCGCAAGGAGAUCUUAUAAGUAAAGCCGUUAAUGAUCUUGGCGCAGUUAUUACCGAGAUCGUCAUGCGCCCGUUCGCAUCCAGGAGGACUACUGAAUUACUGGAUUGCAUGCAAGCAAUGAGAAAAACGUCACUCGAAGAGGAUGAAAUUGAUGCUUGGAACGCCUUCCUUACAAGUCUGAAGAAAAAGUGUCUCUCCCGUCCUGGAAACGAAGCAUUUUGGUUAGGAGUGAAAAAAUCUGGAAGAGGGCUUGGCUUGAUCAGCACCAAGGAGGCUCGACAGCAGGGCGGAAUCUCUUCGAUAUCAGAGGGGCAAGCCGAAGAGUUCUUCGCCAUCUAA